AUGGAAGUUCCAUCAGGUGCUAACCACCAUCACCAAACACAGUCUGCCUCGGCUGCUAUUCCUACUGCAAUCCCAACAAGCUUUUUCCACUCCCAAUUACCACACCUCAACUGUGGCAUUUACUAUGGUGUUGAAGGUGAAAAUGGUGGCUUCUACUCUCCUUUGCCUGUUAUGCCAUUAAAGUCUGAUGGGUCACUGUGUAUGAUGGAUGCUCUCGCCAGGACACAGCCUCAAGCAACAAUGGCAACAACUUCAACACCAAAACUCGAGGACUUCUUUGGUGGUGCAACUAUGGCGACCCAUCACUACGAAAGCAAUGAUAGAGAAGCUAUGGCUCUUAGCUUAGACCGUAGUACUAGUAUGUAUUAUCACCAAGAGCCAGAUCAGGAGCCCAACAACCAAAAUUGUCUAAACUAUCUUCAAGAAAACUCCAGACAGCAUCACCAUCACCAUCACCACACUCAAGUUCAACAGUACCCAUAUUACUCUAACUUUAGGAACAAUGAGAUGUUAGUUGGAGAGGAUGCUAAACAAAUUACUCAGGCUUCAGAUUGCAAUCUUCUGGUUCCAAAUAUGGGAGGUGAUGAUGGGAUAACUGGCAUGAAAAAUUGGGUUUCGAGAAACUAUCAAAGCAACCAUGCCAUGGAGCAGAAGAUGCUUAGAUGCAUCGUUGACAAUGGAGGUGAAUCUGGGCCUAAUAUUAGUGCAAUGACAUACGGGGAUUUGCAGUGUUUGAGCUUGUCGAUGAGUCCUGGCUCCACGUCAAGCUGUGUAGCUGGUUCUCAGCAAAUCUCACCUUCUGUGACUGACUGUGCAGCCAUGGAAACCAAGAAAAGAGGACCUGAAAAGGUGGAUCAGAAGCAAAUUGUUCACAGGAAGUCCAUUGAUACAUUUGGGCAAAGAACUUCUCAAUACAGAGGUGUUACAAGGCAUAGAUGGACAGGGAGAUACGAAGCCCAUUUAUGGGACAACAGUUGCAAGAAAGAAGGUCAAAGCAGGAAAGGAAGGCAAGGGGGCUAUGAUAUGGAAGAAAAAGCUGCAAGAGCUUAUGAUCUAGCUGCUCUCAAGUAUUGGGGACCCUCUACUCAUAUCAAUUCUCCUGUGGAAAACUAUCAAAAAGAAAUUGAAGAAAUGAAGAACAUGACCAGACAAGAAUAUGUUGCUCAUCUAAGAAGGAAAAGUAGUGGAUUCUCUAGGGGAGCUUCAAUGUACCGAGGAGUAACAAGACAUCAUCAACAUGGAAGAUGGCAAGCUCGGAUCGGAAGGGUUGCCGGAAACAAGGACCUUUAUCUAGGAACUUUCAGCACGCAAGAGGAAGCAGCUGAGGCCUAUGAUGUAGCUGCCAUCAAAUUUCGUGGGGUUAAUGCUGUGACAAACUUUGACAUAACAAGGUAUGAUGUGGAACUAAUCAUGGCUAGCAACACACUUCUUGCCGGAGAACUGGCCAGGAGAAACAAAGACAUUGGACCUUGUAAUGAUGGUGCCAAUCACAAUCCUUCUACUCAUAACAGCAAUGGGGAAUCCAUGCCCUCACAGAAGAACAGUGAAAAUGAAGCAGAUUGGAAAAUGGCCCUCUAUCACUCCUCCCGGCAACAGGAUCAUAAAGCCUCAACUGUCGUGGAUAAUUACAAAACUCAGGCUUUCUCGUUUUCCCCAGAAAAUGUAACUGGAAUGGAUAGCAUGAGCUCAGUUCAUCAGCAAGAAGUAGAAGACUCAUCCAAGAUGGGAACUCACUUGUCAAAUGCUUCUUCGCUGGUGACUAGUUUAAGUAGCUCUAGAGAAGGAAGCCCUGAUAGAGCAAGCCUACCGAUGCUCUUUGGAAUGCCUCCAUCAGCAACGUCCAAGUUGCUCACUAGUCCAACUAGCGAUGUAAAUUCUUGGAUCCCAACAGCAGCAGCAGCAGCCCAGUUGAGGCCUGCAGUCUCCUUGCCUCACAUGCCACUUUUUGCUGCUUGGACGGAUGCGUAG